UUUACCGGGCCUCUGGGGAAGGGGCGGUUCUGCACGUGCUUCCUGUUUCCCUCAUCCCCGGGCUUCGCUCAGUUGAACCCUGGCCCAGAAAGGGGAGAUCUAGAGACCACUCAUUCCUUCUUGGGAAUGGAAAUAGCGGGGGCUUUGACUCCAAAAUACUAGCGCCGGUCAACUGAGCCUUUGUGAACGUUGCCCUUGGCCAUGUGCCAAGGACUUAGCGGUGAACAAGUCCCUGCUAUCAUGGAGCGCUUGUGUGUGGACGGAUGGAGAGGCAGUACCUGGUGGAGGUGGCCAUGGGGAAGCAUUACUUCUGUGACUACUGCAACCGCUCCUUCCAGGACAACCUCCACAACCGCAAGAAGCACCUGAAUGGGCUACAGCACCUCAAGGCCAAGAAGGUCUGGUAUGACAUGUUUAGAGACGCAGCUGCUAUCUUGCUGGAUGAACAGAACAAGCGGCCGUGUAGGAAGUUUCUGUUGACAGGCCAGUGUGACUUUGGCUCCAACUGCAGAUUUUCCCACAUGUCAGAGAGGGACCUGCAGGAGCUGAGUAUCCAAGUGGAGGAGGAGAGGCGGGCCAGGGAGUGGCCACUAGAUGUCGUCGAGCUCCCUGAGGGCCAUCUGGAAGACUGGUUGGAAAAGAGAGCCAAGCGGCUGAGCUCAGCCCCAAGCAGCAGGGCCGAGCCCAUGAGAAACACCAUCUUCCAGUACCCCAUAGGCUGGCCACCAGUCCAGGAGCUGCCUCCAUCCCUGCGGGCACCUCCACCCGGGGGGUGGCCCCUACAACCCAGCGUCCAGUGGGGCUGAGCCCCUGAACCCCAUCUGGUCAGCAUCUGUGUCAGUCACGGGAAAGAUAGGCUCACACAGGGGACACCGAGGCCCCCUCCUGUUGCACGCUGUGGAGCCUCUGAACCCAUCGGCUUGGCCUGGCUUGACAGAGGCCCCAGAGUCCCCCUACCAGGUGCAGGCCUGGUCCUAGCUCUGCUCCAGGCAGCUCUACCCUCCCUCACUCAUGGGACAUCUUGAGAAGAUGGGUGAGAAAACUUCCUUCCGGAUGUUUAUAAAGAAAGUCUGUCACCAUG